ACCUUCCCUCCGUCUGGCCCAUCUCGCUGCCUAGCGGCCCCGCUCCGUCGCUCGUCUUCCUCCUCACGCGAGCGCCGCCACCCCUCCCUCCCCAUCCCGCUGCCGAGCACCGCAGCCCCCUAACUCGUCUUCCUCCUCGCGCGAGCGCCUCCGCUGCAGAUGGAUCUCAAGGAUAGCCUCUCCAAAUUUAAGCAGCAGCAGGAGAGGUGCCAGUCAUCUUUGGCCAGCAUAGCUGCAAGCCAAGCAUCAACCGCAAGACCAAAACACAGGGCCCAACCAAUUAAUGCUCCAUCUGCUCCAGCUAGGCCCUCACAACCUAUUAAAUUUUCAAACGAUACAGAAAGGCUACAACACCUUAAUUCAGUUAGGAAAUCUCCUGUUGGAGCGCAGAUCAAACUUGUCAUUGAACUCCUAUACAAGACAAGACAAGCUUUUACUGCAGAGCAAAUAAAUGAAGCCACCUAUGUUGAUAUCCAUGGUAAUAAGGCUGUCUUUGACAGUCUGAGGAAUAACCUCAAAGUACAGUAUGAUGGGAGGCGUUUCUCGUAUAAGUCUAAGCAUGAUCUGAAGGGAAAAGAUCAACUGCUUGCUUUGGUCAAGGAUCAUCGGGAGGGUCUUGCUGUCGUGGAAGUGAAGGAUGCAUACCCAACUGUACUGGAAGAUUUGCAGGCUCUGAAGGCAGCAGGUGAAGUUUGGUUGUUGUCAAACAUGGAUUCCCAGGAAGACAUUGUUUACCCUAAUGAUCUAAAAGUGAAGAUCAAGGUUGACGAUGACCUGAAGGAGCUCUUCCGGGGCAUCGAACUACCGCGUGAUAUGGUUGAUAUUGAAAAAGAGCUCCAGAAGAACGGCAUGAAGCCCAUGACCAACACCACCAAAAGACGAGCAGCAGCCCAGAUCCACGGUGUGAAACCCAAGGCUAAGCCUAAGAAGAAGAACCGUGAGAUCACCAAAAGGACCAAGCUAACGAAUGCUCAUCUACCUGAGCUGUUUCAGAAUCUUAACCCUUGAGUUUGCUACUAUCCGUGUCAGCAACUUGAGAAUUGAGAUACUCCGUUUCAUGCUACCUCUUAUCAUCACAAUGUUAUGCACACCUACAACCAUUGUAUGUGGUGAUGUGAGACCUUGGUCUGAGACGCCUUGCUGUAUGUAGCACAAUCUAAUUUUCCAAAUUUGACAUGGUUUGAUCAUUCCUCCUGAAACUGGCAUGGUGUAAAUAUGUUCCAUGCAAGCAGUGGUUGAAAUGUAAUGUUUGCUUCAAUUAGGUGUUCUA